CAAAACACCUUCCCCCCUUCUCUCUCUCUCUCUCUCUCUCUCUCUACUUCUCAUAAUUUCAAAAAACACCCUCCCUCUCUCAAUUUCUCAUAAUUUCCAAAAAAAAAAAAUCCCUCCCAGAUGUUCGGUUUUAGUCUCGUCUCCCUCUACUCCUACUAUCUGCGGCGCAUCUUCCGCUCCUCCGGCCUCUACCCUCAAACCAUCCAAAUAGACCCCCAAACCACCAUCCACUGCUGGCUCCCCACCAAAAGCGGUUUUCCGUCUAAACCGCCGUUAGUGCUCAUCCACGGCUUCGGCCCCUCCGCCAUCUGGCAAUGGCGCUCCCAGGUCCAAUCCCUCUCCCGCCACUUCUCCCUCUACGUCCCCGACCUCGUCUUCUUCGGCGGCUCGUCCACGUCAUCACCGGAGAGAUCGGAGGUCUUCCAGGCGGCUUCGGUCGCCAAGAUGCUGGAGAAGCUCGGGGUCGAGCAGUUUUCCGUCGUGGGGACGAGCUACGGUGGUUUUGUGGCGUACAAUUUGGGGAGGAUCUGCGGUGAGAAGGUGGAGAAGGUGGUGAUCGCCAGCUCCGGCGUUAGCAGGAGACGGCGUGAUAACGUCGAGCUUUUGGAGAAAGCUGGGGCAGAAAAGAUUUCGGAUCUGAUGCUGCCGUCAACGGCGAAAGACUUACGGACGUUAUUACGUCUGUCUGUUAAUAGGCGGCUGCACAUACCGGACUGUCUGCUUAACGACGUUAUCCACACACUGUACAAGGAAAAUAGGGAAGAAAAGAUGCAGCUUCUCACGGGCCUCACCAUCGGAAAGGAGGACGAUGUACAGAUUUCUCCUCUCCAACAGGAGGUGUUGAUAAUAUGGGGAGAGUUUGACCAGAUAUUUCCCUUGGAGAAGGCCUUCGAGCUUAGAAAGUGGGACCCCGCCCUGUAUGUGGCGUGGCCUUAAAAUCAGGCAGCACAUAACUGGAUCCCUACCAUGGCUACUCAAAUCCUACACUCCUUGCACGUGCCACUGCAUCGUGUGCUCUGGGAGAUCUGGGCCUUUGAUUACGUUUUUACCCACUGCGGAUGUGCUGUGGCAUGGAAAUCAGGCCGUGGAGCUAUCAGGUAGGCUGCCCUUGUACGAUUAAUGGGGACCGUUGGUUGAUCUUUUGAGCUGUCAAUACACGUCUGGCCCACCUGAUGCCGGACUGGCUUAAUGGUGCACGUUCCUCGUUGACACGUAUGGGGUCAUCUGAUAUAGGGAUGUAAUACGGUGGAUGUGAACUUUGUAUUUUUUGCUAAGCAUGCACGCAUGUGCAAUUAAUCUAAUGUACACGCCACACAUGUGCCAGCUUGGCACAUUGGUGCGAGAUCUAAAUCAUCCAUCUAACAUUUUAAAAUAAAAUCCGGUCCAAUCAGCACGUGGGCCCCAUA